AUGACGGCGCUCGCCAAGGCAAGAAGCAAACGCUCCCGUGCAGCGCCAUGCAAUUGGGCGUCCCGCCUCCACGUCCUCAAUCCGACAACUUCAUCUUCCGAACCGGAUAAGGUCGUCCCGGGUCAAAAAUCUCUCGCCGGGAAAAAGCCCGUCAAAACGACGAAGUUGAAGAAAAAGGACGGCGGCGAAGCGAGUUCGGAGGGGCGGAAGUGCCUGCAUUGCGCAACGGAUAAGACGUCGGAGUGGCGGACAGGACCCAUGGGAGCCAAAACACUAUGCAACGCUUGUGGGGUGAGGUAUAGAUCGGGGCAACUUGUGCCCGAAUACCGACCCACUGCAAGCCUGACAUUUGUGCUGACAAACCAUUCAAAUUCUCACCGGAAGGUCUUGGAGCUAAGACGAGAGAAAGAAAUGGCAAGAGCUCAACAGCAACAACAACAAUUGAUGCACCAUCGUCAUCAAAACACGCUAUUUGUUUAUUUCAUCCACCAACCACUGCCUCAUCUCAUGUAG